AGGCCGGCCCUGUGCUCGGGGGCCAGGGGAGCCAGCAGCAGGGCCCCCCAGGUCUGACCCCUUCCCCCAUGUCCAGGUCAUCGCCCCCUGGAGGAUGCCCGAGUUCUACAACCGCUUCCAGGGCCGCAGCGACCUGAUGGAGUACGCGAAGCAACAUGGCAUCCCCAUCCCGGUCACCCCCAAGAGCCCGUGGAGCAUGGACGAGAACCUCAUGCACAUCAGCUACGAGGCCGGAAUCCUGGAGAACCCCAAGAAUCAAGCCCCUCCAGGCCUCUACACAAAGACCCAGGACCCGGCCAAAGGGCCCAACACCCCUGACAUCCUUGAGAUUGAGUUCAAGAAAGGGGUCCCCGUGAAGGUGACCAACGUCAAGGACGGCACCACCCACCGCUCGUCCUUGGAGCUCUUCGUGUACCUGAACGAAAUCGCGGGCAAGCAUGGCGUGGGCCGCAUCGACAUCGUGGAGAACCGCUUCAUCGGGAUGAAGUCCCGAGGUAUCUACGAGACCCCAGCGGGGACGGUCCUUUACCACGCUCAUUUAGACAUCGAGGCCUUCACCAUGGACCGGGAAGUGCGCAAAAUCAAGCAAGGCCUGGGCUUGAAAUUCGCCGAGCUGGUGUACACCGGCUUCUGGCACAGCCCUGAGUGUGAAUUCGUCCGCCACUGCAUCGCCAAGUCCCAGGAGCGCGUGGAGGGGAAAGUCCAGGUGUCUGUCUUCAAGGGCCAGGUGUACAUCCUCGGCCGGGAGUCCCCGCUGUCCCUCUACAACGAAGAGCUGGUGAGCAUGAACGUGCAGGGCGAUUACGAGCCGAUCGAUGCCACCGGUUUUAUCAACAUCAACUCCCUGAGGCUGAAGGAAUAUCAUCGCCUCCAGAGCAAGGUCGCCGGCAAAUAGACCAGCUGACAAUGCGGCUGGGCCUCCUCGCUUUGCCCAUCUCCCAAGUACAGGCGCUAAUUGUCGUGAUAAUUUGUAGUUGUGACUUGUUCUCCCGGGCGGGGCUGGCAGCUUAGUGGGGGUGCCAGGCCCCAGCUUUGUUCCCUGGUCCCCUGUAGCCUACAAAAGUGGUCAGUGAGGGGAAGGGUGGGGGGUGGCUAUGGUGGGGAGCUAUAAGAUGACAAAUAAAAAACAAGAUACAUUA